GACGACUUCCUCUACAGUGUGUCUAUAGUGAGCGGAAUCACAUGUGCUGUGCUAGCUGUGGCCAAGUUCAUGCUGGGAAGGGUGCUGACUAGCCGGGCACUCAUCACUGACGGGUUUAACUCUAUUGUUGGUUCUAUCAUGGGAUUUUCCAUUCUGAUCAGCGCUGAAGUCUACAAGGACCACGUUGACGUCUGGUUUUUGGAUGGCACCCUCGGAGUUCUCAUUGGACUCAUCAUUAUGGCCUAUGGCAUCAAACUCCUGGUGGACAUGGUGCCCCGCGUGAGGCAAACGAGGAACUACGAGCGCUUUGAGUGAAUGUGUGUUUUGCAGGUUCAAAUACAUACACUUCCCCGCCCUCUUCUCUCUGUCUUUAUUACACACGUUCCUACACAUUUUACCUGAACAUGCAGCACAACACACGCUGUGAAUACUGUACAUAGUGCAUUCAGACAUCAAGAAACACACAUUAAUGCACACACAAAGGCAGACAUCUGAUAAUCUUUGACAGAGAAGGACUUGUUUGAAGACCAAAUCCUGGAGAGAAAACACCUAAAUACUUAUGUUCUGCCCUUUGUCACUUUCUGUCCUUAAAACCAGUUUAAAAAAGGCCCCUAGAAUAAGGAAAGCCACAAGACCUGAGAUUCCUGCCUUUUAGCAGUAUUUGUCUGACAUGGAGAUAACACUAAUUGCUCAAAUGACAUAUACACAAUCAAGACUACAGUGUAUUGAUUCGUCAUAGUGGAUAUAUUCAGUCUAAAUGACUAAAUGGUCAACAUUUAACAAACAGAAAUGUUCUCCCACGUCAUAUUUUUUGAAAAUGUAUAAUGAGAUUUGGAAGAGACAAACUCCAAGUCGAGGUCUGCUCACCAAUUUAAGAUUUCCUAUUUUUAUUUGUAAUUAUUAUUAAGUACAGGUGACUCUGUCCUUAAUCAGACACAAAUUGUUUCAAAGCCCCAGCAGCCUCCUCUCUUCAAAGCAGCAACCUUGGAUCCUAAUUUGUUGCUGAAAGAGGAAGAGAGGGAAAGUAGAAUAGCACAUGUGCAGUCCUGUGUCAGCGAACACUGCUGCUCAAAGGCAUCAGCAAACACAUUGAGGUCAGCCUCGAUCUAGGAACUCAACUAAAAUUAAACAGAA